ACUUUCAUUGGCUCCCAUGAACAAAAAAACGCCCACUCUUCGGACAUCCAUCCAUCCUCACUCCCAGCAACUUCCAAAACCUUCAUGGAGACUGCCUUCCCUUCCAAAGCUCGAACACUCUCCCUGGUCUCUUUCGCUGCUGUUGGCUCUCCUACAUUUAAUCCCCAUCGCGUUCUCUUUCACUGCAGGGGAUAUCAUUUCGGCUCCAGCUUCAGCUUGAGGCCACCAGGACUUCGUUCUCGUCGUAGAUGCCGGAAGCCAAUUGGAAUCAAGUUCCGCACUCAAUCUUCCAGAUCACUUCCUGUAGCGCAUCUAAGCUCAGCGACUGUUGUCGUCAUAGCCUCAGCCAUCAUAAUCUCAGCUCUUACGAUUGUGUUUGUACUAUUGUCCAGAAAGAGCACGAAGGCCAAACAAGCACUAAAUGAGCUAGCAGUGGCAUUCAAUCAUCAAAUAAGAAAUAAAGUGAGGUUAGUUGUGGAUAGAUUUUUUCAUCCUACAGCCAAAUGGAAAGAUAAAGCUAAUGGCGGUUCAUCAAGGAGAAUGGCAGAAGCCAGUCAUGCUGAGCACAGGAUUAUGGAGGGGAUGAUGCAAACCAGUCAGAAUGGUUUGAUGAGAAGUAUUGUUAACAAAGUUGAAUGCCCACAUCCCAAUACAACAACUUCUAGAGUGGUGGAUUCUCCUGUCUCAUUAGAAUCUGAAGAUGCUAGCUCAUUGUCCAAAAACGAUGAAAUACUAACUACUUCUGAGGCAGAAUCAGAAGCACAUGAACUGUACAUGGUGGAAAGUCUACAAGAAAAAAAAGUGGAUGAUAUCCUGCAACAAAGACAUCAACCAAUUGUUGGAAGCAAAAUGAUUACUCACAACAUUUUCUUCAGAGAACCUGGACGGAAAGAGCUCUACAGAUUCUAUGAUGCAUCUGCUGAAAAUCAGCAAGGAGAUGAAUUUGGAGAAAGGGUAUUGGGAAAAAGUAAAAAUAUUUCGAAUGCGAAGGAAAUAAGCAUUAUACAAUCAAAGUGUUCCACAAAAGCCUCCAGGUCUCCUGAUCCAACGGGGAAGAACACAUCUAACGUACAUCAUAUAUCAGAGCAAGCCGAUGCUUAUCAUCACUUCUUGAGGAGUGGAAGAUUGACAGACUGUUUGCGGAUUCUUGAAGACAUGGAUAAUGAUGGUUUAUUAAAUACAGACAAAGUUUACCAUGCAAAGUUUUUCCAAGCAUGUAGAAAUGAAAAAGCUGUUAGCGAAGCUUUUCGUUUCACAAAGCUUAUCCGCAACCCAACAUUAAGCACAUUUAACUUGCUUUUGUCAGUUUGCGCAAGCUGUCAGGAUCUGGAAGGGGCUUUUCGAGUUCUUCAACUUGUCAAGGAAGCUGGAUUGAAUGCUGACUGCAAACUCUAUACCACCCUUAUAUCUACUUGUGCUAAAAUUGGAAAAAUUGACACAAUGUUUGAGGUUUUCGACAAAAUGGUUAAUGCUGGAGUUGAACCAAAUGUCCACACAUUUGGUGCACUUAUUGAUGGUUGUGCUAAAGCUGGGCAAGUUUCCAAGGCUUUUAGUGCUUAUGAAACCAUGUUAUCUAUGCAUGUUAAGCCAGACCGUGUUGUGUUUAAUUCCCUUAUCACGGCAUGUGGUCAAUCUGGAGAAGCAAACCAGGCUUUUGAUGUUCUAGCAAAAAUGAGAGAGGAAACACAUCCUAUACACCCCGAUCAUAUUACCAUUGGGGCUUUGAUGAAGGCUUGUGUAAAUACUGGACAGGUUGAUCGAGUAAGAGAUGUUUACAAUUUGAUUCAUGAAUAUAACAUCAAGGGUGGUGCAGAAUUGUACACAAUUGCUGUCAAUAGUUUCAGUGAAAAAGGUGAUUGGGAGCUCGCGUGUAGCAUCUUCAAUGAUAUGGACAAGAAAGGCAUCGCCCCUGAUGAGUUGUUCAUCAGUGCAAUGGUAGAUGCUGCUGGGCAUGCCGGUAAACUUGAUGCUGCAUUUGCACUAUUAAAAGAAGCCAGGAAUAAUGGAAUUUACACUGGAACCAUUUCAUAUAGCUCAUUGAUGGGAGCAUGCUGUAAUACAAAAAACUGGCAGAAGGCCUUGCAGUUGUACGAUGAAAUCAAAGGCAUGAAGUUGAAGCGAACUGUUCCAAUGAUGAAUGCCCUGUUAACUGCAUUAUGUGAUGCAGAAAAAAUAAAGGAAGCUGUGGAUGUUUUAUUUGAAAUGAAGAGAGAAGGCCUACCCCCGAACAGCAUAACAUACUCCGUACUGUUGGUGGCCAGUGAAAUGUCGGAUGACCUGGAUACUGGCCUCAUGCUUUUGUCUGAGGCAAAAAAAGACGGUGUUGCACCUAACCUUGUAAUGUACAGUUGCCUAAUGGGCAUGUGCUUAAGAAGGUUUCAGAAGGCUUGUACACUUGGUGAGCCGGUAUUGUCUUACAACUCCGUGCAGAUACAACUUAACAACAAAUGGACAUCACUAGCCUUGAUGAUGUACCGAGAAAUAAUUGCAGCUGGUGUGACACCCACAGUGAAGGAGCUUUCACAAGUUUUGGGUUGCUUACAGCUUCCUCGUAAUACAUGCUUUAAAGCAAGACUAGUUGAGGAUCAUGUAUUUACUUUUAAUGACUCAAAAAGUUCAAACUUAUGCUCAUUGAUUGAUGGUUUUGGGGAAUAUGAUCCCCGUGCAUUUCAGUUGAUCGAGGAAGCUUCUUCACUUGGAUUGAUUCCUUUGGCUUGUCUUAAGGGUAGCCCAAUUGUUGUUAACGUGAAGGAUUUGCAGAUUCACACAGUUGAGGUUUAUAUUUUGACAGUUUUAAGAGGCCUCAAGCGUCGCCUGGCUGCUGGUGUUAGGAUCCCAAACAUCACAAUUUUGUUACCUGUGGAGCAGUCACAGUUUCAGACACCCACUGGAGAGAGAACGAUUAAAAUUGCCGGAAGGAUAAGCCAAGCAGUCGCUGCACUAUUGAGGAGGCUUGGGCUACCUUACCUAGGGAGUGGAUCACUUGGUAAAAUUCAAAUUAAGGGCAUUUCUUUGAGAAAGUGGUUGCAGCCCAAGGUUGAAUUUCCUUUCAGUGGGGAACCAACAAGUCUGAGCUUCUCUGGGACUCGCCUGGGAAAAGGAAUAACCCAUCAACAACUUAAAAUUCGUACUGGCGAUCUAUCCGUACAGUAGAAAAUAAUUUCCCGGUUGAAAAUGCCUGCCAUGAAUCUUACAAUUGCUGAUUGAAGUCUAAAAGACAGUGUCUUGCUGUACCCUAAGGCGAUUUAACUGGGAAAUCACUCGGAUCUAAAAUGGAUUCUUUGUUGUAUGGUUUACUUUUGAUAUGAGUAUGGAAUGUAACAAGUGUGUAGUGUGGUACUGUGGUAGACUGGUAACGAUGCUGAAUGUAAUGUAUUCUGCUGCUUAAAAAUUAAAAGGGAAAACUAAAAAAAUUGCCUUAUAGUGUAUCUAAAAUGACAAUAAGACCCUCAUACAGAGUAACAUUCAAUGAAAUGCUCUGUAAAAAU